AGAAAAUAAAGAGAAAUUAGUAGGUGUUUGUUUAGGGAGCGAGAAAAGAGGAGGAAACAAUGGGCGAGGUAUCUGAAACGAUGACGAAGAAGAAGAAGAAGGGACGCCCAUCCCUUUUGGAUCUUCAAAAGCGAUCCCUCAAGAAGCAACAACAGCAACAGCAACAGCAGCAACAACAGAAUCAACGACACGCCGUUUCGAGAAACGCCAAAAACGGCACCAUCGUCGACGACGACGAUGACGAGCGCAAGCAGAAGAAGCACAAACUCCUCGUCGGACUCAAUCCCCACCUCCAACACCACAGCCACCACGCCACCGCCGCAUUAUCCCCUUCCAAUUCUCUCCCCAGCGGCGAUCCCGAUGACGCCGCCACGCGCAAGAGGCGCAGAAUUGACGCUUCCUUCCACGGAUCAGACGAAGCCGAUGGAAAGCUUCCGAAAGCGACUGACAGUAAACAUGGUUCGCAGGGUGAAUCCGGUCCCACUACACCUUUGCCAGACAAAAAGCUCUUGCUGUUUAUCCUUGAUAGGCUUCAAAAAAAGGACACUCAUGGGGUAUUCUCUGAGCCUGUGGAUCCAGAAGAGCUUCCUGAUUAUCAUGAUAUCAUUAGACACCCUAUGGAUUUUGGAACUGUGAGGAAGAAGUUGGAUGGUGGACUUUACACCAACUUGGAUCAAUUUGAGAGUGAUGUGCUUCUGAUAUGCUCAAAUGCAAUGCAAUAUAAUUCACCAGAUACUAUUUACUAUCGACAGGCUCGGGCCAUGCAAGAAAUUGCAAGGAAGGACUUUGAGAAUCUCAGACAAGAUAGUGAUGAUAGUGAACCACAACCUAAAAUUGUGCAGAGAGGAAGGCCACCAGGCAAGCACAAUAGAAAGUCACUGGCCAUGUCUCCCGCAGAGCGCAUUGCUCCUGAAUCUUCAUCCGAUGCAACCCUUGCUUCUGUUGGGGAUAUUGCCAGUGGCUCCAAUGGUUAUAAUCUAAGAAAAGUGCUUAGUAAAUUUCAGCCUGCGGAUUCAUCAACUAGGGCCUCCCACAACAAUUUUAACAGUGGAGGUACAAGCUGGACAUCUGAAUGGGAGAAUGAAUUUCCAGCUUCUGUUCUAAAAGCUGUGUUAAGGUACGGAAAGAAGCAGUUUGCGGUUGAUGAGACCAGGCGUGAUACUUACAAUUGUCCAGUGCCUUCACGCAAUGAACCACCAGUAUUGACUACAGUUGAAGAUGAAUUCAAGCAACUACUUGCGGUUGGUUUACAUGCAAAGCAUAGCUAUGCAAGGAGCCUAGCCCAUUUUGCUGCAGAUCUUGGUCCUGUUGUUUGGAAGAUUGCUUCCCAGAAAAUCAGCAGUGUUUUACCAAAAGGACACGAGUUUGGUCCUGGAUGGGUAAGUGAAGAUGAAGUGUCAGAGAGGCAAAAUCUCCCAGUUUGUGAUGAAGAGAGAACUUCAGACCCUUGUUUACCAGAGGAUCAUAGAAGUAAUUUUUCUUCUUCAUCUGGAUCAUUCCUUGUUUCAAAUAGAUCAUGCUUACAAGGUGGUGAAAUGGUAAUUAACAGAGAAUUGAAUUACCAAAGUGAGUUGAAUCCACUCAGCAGGGCUAGUGGUGGUAUGGAAUCCAUGGUUCCUAUGAGGAUUCAGCAGGAACUGAUGGCGCACUCUGAUGAUUUUGGUUCAGCUGGCCGGUUAUGUUCAAAUGUAUCAUCUCAAAUGAAGAUGGUAAGACUUGCUGACUUAACUGGUUCGUCCUCCAGUGUUGGAAAUGCUCCCCAGAUGUUAGACACGGAUCACAUAAACAGCCUUCCUAGCCACACGGCACCGACAAUUAUUAAUCAGCCUCUUAAGGCUCAGGUUUUAAACAAGUUUAGUCAAUUAGAUUCCAGUAAUUUGAUGGCUCGGGAAUCUGGAUUCGAGCCACAAAGUUCAUCGCAAGGAUAUGCUGGAAAAGCUUCAUGGCCGGGAAUGGAAGUUCCCAUUCGACACAAUUCUAUUUCGCUCGGAACAUCAAAUUCAUCUAGUUCCAAUAUGGAGACCGGUUCUCAGCUGCAUCCAAAUUUGGCAUUGCAGCUCUGAUUAUAUACUAUUUUCUCCUAUAUGAUGGCUCCAUUUUUUUCACCCUUAAUCAUUUUAGUUUUUUGACUUGAUAUUUCAGCUUUCUAUGCAAACAAGCUUAGAGUUAUAGUGCGAUUAACACCGGCCUAGGUCUUAGUCUCUUAGACUUGGGUGAUGUUAAAUGAUUAAUGAUUAAUUCUUCAACCGAGUUACUGCCGUCCUUUCAUAUUCAAUGUAGCUAAAGGAAAUAAUGGAGACUUGCUACAGCCAGUGACUCAAAAACUUGCUCUUGUAUUUCAAUAUUAGUCCCCUACACAUUUGUAAAGUUCUUUUUUCUUUUUUCGACAAUCUGCACACUUGACUCUGAUUAUUUUGUUUCUAACGCAAAUUCAUUAUAAUCAAAAUGGUAAUUGUAAGACCCUGAGUGAUUGAGACAAUUUUUUCCUUUCCCUUUUUAAGUGGAUGAUGGUUUCUUUUCUGUUGAAA